AUGUUAGCCAUUUUGUUGAAAUUUUUUAUGUUAUUCAUUUUGCUAUUAGUGUAUCAGUAUAAUAAUAGCUUGAGUUCAUGUAGUAUAAACCUAAAAAGGACGAAUAGCGUUGCUGCAACAUACCAACUAAGAACUAGUAGACUAUUAUUAGCAGAAGUCCAGGCGCAUCCUGAAUCAGUGUGUGAGUUAGAAUCGAGCACCCCGAAAAAUGAGGAGCCAACUCGCCAAAAUCCAAGUAAUGUUGUAGCUGUGCAUCAAGCGUCCCCGUCAAAUGAUAAGCAGAAAGGAAUUUCCUUACAGGAUGGACAAAAUUUAAACUAUUCUGAUGAUAGUCAUAUAUUAGAAGAAAAUAAGAAACAACAAAUAUUAAAAUGUGUGCAAGAUGAAAAAGUAACACAAAAUCAGGAACUGCCAAAUCCUCCACAACAGGAAAUAACGAACGUUAAAAUGAUUAAUACAGAAAAUAACACAGAGAAGGACAGAAAAAGUGCCGAAAAGGCUGACUCAAUGAAAGAGAAAGCGUUGAGUACAGAAGUGACGAAUGGGGUGGAAUGUAAAAAGGAAGUAGAUGUAGUACUUGAAAAAAUUAAGAAGAUGCAGCAAAAAUUCAACGAUCAGGAGGUAGUGAAAACAGAAGUACCUAAAAAAAAGGAUGAUGGGCAGGCCUCAAGAGAAAUUAAGGAUUCUAUGAAAACAAAAAACAACAAUGUUGUUUUCCCCGCCUCAGACAGUAUGAAAAACACUACGAACACGAAAACAGGCAUACCUAACCCAAUUGGCAUGUUAGAUUCUGCAAUAGAAAAAAUGAUAUUUAAAGGAUUGCGUUACGUAGAUAAAUGUGACAGGAAUCGAAAUAUUAGCAAAACUAAACGCUACCUGGUCAGAGUUAUGGUAUACGGUGGUACAUUCGCCUUACCCUUUAUAAUCGCCCUAGCGGGACUUGCAUUUAAGGCGGUUGAAAGUUUGCAUUGGGUGAUGAUUAUAUUUUGCUGCUUCAACAUUAUAGCAUGCAUUUACAUCUUUGUAAAGAUUGUGAAAUAUGACUUGAGAUGUUCCGGUAUACGUAAGCCUCAUUUCAUGGAUUACGUGAAAACAUUUAUAGGAUACAUCAUAUGA